CAAGGUAAGUGGGAUCGACUUGUCUGUUAUCUUGCGUAUCAUUGCAGUUAACAACACAGCAAUAACUCGUUCAUGUACUUUCUAUUUCAAUCAAUCAAACAAAGGCUAUUAUAGUGGGCUAAAACGAGGUUUUUUCUCAUUUGACAAUGCAUUAAUGAUUACCUACAUAUGCUAAUGGCUAACUAGGUUGAGGACAUGAAUAUGCUUAUAUCACUGUAAGUUAAUGGUUUAAUAAAAAAGAUUGAUUGUACCAACUUAAGGACGGAACUUAUUUUUAUAUGUUCCCAUAUCUCUGUAAUUGGCUCAGGUUUACCUUUGACGAUUACCACAUUAUCGGAUUUAAGUAAUGUAAACCAAAUAUCCCUGAAAGUUAUAACGUAUUUUUCUACGUCUUCGUUAACUAAUGUUUUAGUAUUACUAACUAGUCUGCUAUUUUAUAGUGUACUAAUGAAUGAGAUUUUCUCAGUAUACCGCUAAUCAGCUUGUUUGGCUGCAGCGUAUCCGCAAUACACAGUCUUUUUAUUCUGUCCCAUUUAGGUUUCAAAAGGUAGUAGUUUAUUUUCACCUUGGACUUUCAUGAUAAAUUAAUUACAAUUGCUUCUGCCCAUUUAAUUUAUUAUUCUAGAGUCUUUGAUAUUUACAAAUAUGACUGAUGAAAGAAGUAUUUCUCGUCUUGACCUACGUGAUCGUCAUAUAAGUCAAAGUAUAGAUGGCUCGGAAUUAAUAUCUGAGUUAUCCAUCGUCCGUGCACAAAGGACAUCAAGUGAAUUUGCCUUAUCAUCUGCUCAAAUCAAACAUGAGUCGAAAAUAAAAAUUCUAAAAACUGAAAAGGAGAUUAUUGAAUCAGAAAAAAACAACUUAGUUAACGAGAACAAUUCUUUGAAAAGAAAAUAUCAACUGUUAGAAUUUGAAAGAAGCCAAGAUCAGUCUAAAAUGAAAAGUUUUCAACGUAACCUUGAUGAUCGUAUAAAUUCUAUUAUUCAAUCAUCCAGUAACUUGGGGUCAUCGUUGACUUUAGAAACUGAACGUUUAAAAGAUGAAGUAUUAAAUUAUGAAAAAAAAUUUUCAGAUUUACAAACUGCUCAUUCUCAACUACAAUUAAAAGUUAAAGAAUUAGAAACUUUAUUAGAAUUACGUUCACAACGAUUAAAAGAAUUAGAAAUGUAUGUUGAAGAAAAAUCAACUGAAUUAAAAGAAUUAACCGAAUUAAAAUCGACGAUCUUCAAGUUAACUUCAGAGAAAGCCAUCUUAGAAGAACGUAUACUUUUAGAAUCGAAUCGAACUAAAAUGCCAGAAGGUUAUGAUCGAUUUAUGAAAGGUGCCAGUUAUGUGGCAAAAUUAGAAAUGGAACAUGAUCGAUUAAAAACUGCUUUUAAAAAUAUUAGUCAAGAACGAGCAAAAUGGCUUAUUACUGAAGAAGAAAAUUCAGAAUUACGUAAUCAAGUGGAAAUUUUAAAAAAAUGGCGUGAAAGAGCAUUGAUUGCUGAGAAUACACUUCUUGAAAAAGAAACAUUAAUGAAUAGUUUAAUUUCAAAAACAUGUUCACCUUUAUCAGAUAAUCAUUCUUCUAUAUCAGCUUUAAGAAGAUUAGAACGUGAAAAUGAAGUUUUAUUAGCAGAACAUGGUGAAAUCAAUGCAAAAAAUAAAGAAUUAUUAACUAUAUUAAAAGAAACUCAAAAUGAUAAAGUACAAUUAAAUAAUCAUUUACAAAAUAUCAUCUAUCAAUUAGAUAAUUUAAAACAAAUAUCUACAAAAAGUAAUCAAAUUAUUCAACUAUUAACUAAGGAAAAUAAUUUAUGUCAAAAUCUAUUAAAUAAUUAUAUAUUACAUGAGAAUGAUACAUUCACUAUUCCAUUAGAAUAUCAAAAUUCAAUGUCUAAUUUAAAAGAGUUAUUCAAUAAUUUCAAUGAAAAUUAUAAAGAAUGUACAAUUUGUUUAAAUCAUUUAUUCAAAUUAACAGAGAAGAUAAAUCAAACCAAUGUUUCAUGCACUGAUUCAUCAUCAUCAUCAUUAAAUUCUUCAACAUAUGAAGGUGAUAAAGAGUUGGUGAAAAAAUUACGACAUCAAAUAUCUGAAUUAGAAGAGAAUAUUGAAGCAUUACAAACUAAGAAUAAGGAAUUAGUUGAUCAAUUAGAGAUAUAUACUAUGCAGGGUAUGUGCAACACAGAAACGACUAAGAUACUAACUUAUAAAUACCACCCAGGGGAAAUAAUCAAACAGAAUUUAUCAAAUGAAAUCACUGAAUUACGUUUGUUAACUGAGCGUCAACGUCAACGUAUUCAAGUUUUAGAAGAACGUAUUAUACAUUUAUCAGAGAAACGUGAUUGUCAAAAUCAAAAUGUCGAUGUAACUAUGGAGUUAGAUAUCACUAAUACUGUAGAAAAUCGUGUACGUUCCAACCCUGAUCCAUUAACAGAACUUGCAGAAUUAAAAGAAGAACUUCGUGUUGAACGUUUACGUCGUGAUCGUUUAAUGGAAUUAUUUGAUAAAGCUAAAAUGACAUUUCGUAUAUCAUAUCGUGAUCUAUUAGGUUAUCGAAUUAAUAUUCAAUCAUGUGGAGAUUGUCAAGUUUGUCCAGUGUUUACUACAAAUGAAGAAGAUACUUUAUAUUUUAAAAAAGUAGAUGGGAAAUUUGAAUUAGUUGAAAAUCAAUUUACUAAAUCAUUACCAGAAAAUAUUUAUCAUUAUUUAAAUGUGAAUCAUUCAAUUCCAGGAUUUUUAGCUUCAAUCACAUUAUACUACUUACAACAGAAUACACUUUUAAUAUAA